AAAGGUGAGAGUUCAACUGCCCCCGUUCCAUUCCGGAUAGAGCCCGGGGGGAGGGGCAGCCCCCACAGCGCGCAGCUCGCUUCGGCUUCACUCUCGUCUUGCUUCACUGCUGUCUGUCUUCCACCCCGCCGCUCCUCAUGAGCGGGAGGGAGCCUCCCGCGUCAGCUCCUGCUGCAGGCCACCAGUCAACGCAAAGAGAGCAGCGGCAGACAAAACGCCGAGCGAGACUGAAGACGUGUUGCUGGCACUUCCUCGCGUCCAUCCCGCUGGUUCUCGCUCUCCUCGCCUACAACGCCCGCUUCAUCCUGGACGAGUACGUGGCCUACUACGGCUACGGAGAGGCUCUGGACUACGAAUUGCCUCCUGGGAUUAUGGACGCCUUCCGCUACUACGACCAGGACGGAGACGGGUAUCUGGACCCUUACGAGUUUGCUCCUCUGGGGAUGAUGGUCAGGGAAGAGGAGGACCAGUUUGAAUUUGCUGAUCCGGAGCUGGGCCCGGAGAGAGAGGGUCUCAUCGUGAAAGCAAGCAUGCAACCACUGAAACUGGACACCAUGACAAAGUUUGGAGACAAGCAAGAUGUACGUACAUCAGCCUCUCUGCACCACUCUACCUUCUCUCUCCUCCUCCCCCUCUCUCCUAUCUCUCUCUCUCUUUCUCCUCCUCCUCUCCCCUCAGUUCUAUUUCGGCGCUCCAGACCAAAUCUUACCUGGCCUCACUCGAUGGAAAUCCCCACAGCAUCCACUCCACAUAUACGGAGCUGGCAACUUCAGAGUCUUCCUCCCUCCCUCCUCCCCCGCCUCGUACCCUCUCGGGGAGACCUACCACAUCAUAGAGCCACUGAGAAACGAACUGGGGGUCCAUAUGAACCGCUAUCGACCUCCGCGACCCCUCGGGAAGGCGGACUCCCUGCUGUACGCUCUUCUGAGUCAGUUCCAUCCGAAUCCGUUUGUUCAGACGCGAUUUGGUCCGCGGGGGACUGUGGCAGUCGUGAGAGCCAGGAACAACUCCCUACUUGACAUUGUCUUCAGAGCCCAUGCAGAGUUCCAGCUGAACGAAGAGCCAAACUACCCGUUCUGGUUCACUCCGUCUCAACUCUCCGGUCGACUGGUGAUCCACUCCAGUGGAGAUCAUGUGCUUCACCUCUCUCUGGCUGUCCCUACCGAUAGACACCUCAAUGUCGACAUGGAGUGGAUAACUGGUAAAGGAAGCAAUGAAGUUGAUAUAGGGUAUCUACCGAGCAUGGAGCUCCAUUCCACGCAGCCAUCGUCUGUCAUGGAGAAUGGAACGCAGCUGGACACCAGGGAGGCGGAAUGGAACCCAGACCAGGUGGAAUGGGAACAGGAGAUCCCUCUGGAGGAGGCCAGAGAACUGCUUAAGAAAGCCAUGUACCCUUUCAAGAAGGUGACGUACAGACCGUUUCUGGAGGCACUGGAGGAGGCGGUACUCCGGGGUAAACUGGUCCACUCCGUGCUCCUGUGGGGGGCCCUGGACGACCAGUCGUGCUGA